AUGUUGCCCUGGCUGUAUCCAAUACAAACACCGUUUUCCAAUACCUGUUCUUCGUCCAAAGAUGGAUCAAUAAUGACGUUCGAGCCCACCAGUCCCACCACAAACACAAGCACGGGCUGGAACUCGGAUGAUUCCGGGAUCAGGUCUGUGGCGAGCUCCCAGUCGUCGGCAAACGAGGGUUCUUCCUCGAUUUCGCGGUCGUUUGUGGUGGAUGUGAGUAAUGGUAAUUUGCAAGAUUUCAAUGCCAAAUAG